AUGAAGAAGCAGAAGGACGUGGUGGAGGCGGCCGCCGCCAAGAAGAGGAAGAGGAAGGAACAGCAUGAGAAGGAGUGCAAGAUUGCACGCGCGAAGGGAAAGCCGCGGCCCGCCACACCCGAGUCCACCGAGGAGGAGGAGGACUCCUCGGACGCCGAGCUCAACUUCUCGGAUGACGACGAGGCGGCGACAGGCGUGGGUUCCCCACCGAUCUAUCGAGGGGCUGGCGACGAGGAUGUACCAGUGACACUAAGUGAGGCGAGGCUCACAUCAGGGUCGUUGGUGGAUCCGCCCCUCGCAGGGGCGAGGAGGAGGUCGCCCACGCCAGCGGCGGGACGAAGGUCGCCAAUGCCGGCAGCGGGCGGGAGAUCGUCUACUCCCGUGACAGGGCAGAGGUCACCCUCGCCGGCGACUGGUAGGAGGACACCCGCGCCCGCGGUGUCGACGGGUGGCGGCGGGUCCGCGGUGCGUGCGGAGACGCACGCGCAAAGGGCUUCGAGGCGCCAGACCGACCCGAGGGUGGCGCCCUCGGGCCAGUCAUCGGGAGGCGUCAGCGUGCCGCGAGCCCGGAGGAGUGGCUCGGGCAAGCGCAGCAUGAGUGCCCAGUCAGGCUCCGGGGCAAUCGCCAGGGAUGCGGCCCAGCUUGCGCCGACCAAGGCCCUCAAGACCGGGGCGCGCGCAAUGCCGCACACGGCGCUGCAGCCUUUGCCCAUAGUGGACAUAGUAGCGGAGGCCGCAAAGCUCCAAGAGGCGAUGGCCCGAGGGGCUCGGAAGGCCCAACAGGCCCGAGCGCCGGAGAGUGGGGGCGACGCCGGCCAGAGCGGCGUUGCAACAGCCGCUCAAAUUGACGCCGAAGGGGAGGUCGGCCGUGGCGGCGCAAAUGACGCCACCCGGCCAGACGUCGAAAUCGAGGCCGGUAGGGGUGACACAGAUAGCGCCACCCAGCCGGUUGCAGGAGAAGGAGCUGGUGGGGGCGCGCAGGAGCGCCCUGCCAGCCAAAGAGAUGCGGAGACCCCCGCUCCCGAGCCCCCGAGGGCUGGGGUCAUGGGUGUCACGGAGGAGUCGGCGCCAAGGGCACCGGCAGUGGAGGAAACCUGCGUCCCGGAGCCUGCAAGGGCCGGGGACGAGGGUGUCCUACCGGAGAGCAGCGAUGAGUUCGGGGACUCGAGGGACAUCGACCCUGCUGCUGCCGCCAGCGCCGCCGACCGGAUUGCCGAGUCCGUGUCGGCCUCCGAGGAGAUACUUGGCGCGGGGACGUUUGAGGGGCCCCGUCAUGGGGCGAUUAUCCAGUCCGGGGUCCCCUUGGAAUUUCUUCGCAAUGAGCAGGAGGAGGAAGCCGUCUGGAAGGCGCAGUUCGAGGUCGGCUCUCAGAUUCAGGACCACCUCGACCGCGCCUUGGAGCUCCAUAGAACGACGGAUUUCCAGAUCAGCAACCGGCUGAGGGACAUCUCCCACAAAAAGAGCGCUGAGCUGACCCGGCUGUACUCCCAAAUGCGCUGGCUUGGGCAGUACAACGCCGAUUUGGUGCUCCGGAAUAUCGAUGCCAACACCCAGUUGACCAGUCUGGGAGCGCACCAGCGUGUGCUAGAGGAGGAGCUGGCGCGGACCGCCAGUGAGCGCGACGUCCAGAAGGCCGCGGUGGAGCAAAAGGCUCAGGAGGUCGAGGCGCAGACUGCCGAGCUGCAGCGUAGAGUGUUGUCAGGGUACGUGGUCCCAAACGAUGCCAGCCCAGACUCUACGUCGGCUAUCAUGAACGACGCCGACGCCACCGUCGAGGGGUUCGCCACCAUCCUGGCCAGGAAGCUUGAAGCUGACGUCUCCCUCAUAGCCGAAUUCAAUGCUGUUGAAGACCCGCAAGAGGGGGAUGAUAACAUGUAG